AGUUAAGUGAAAGUUAUAUUUUAAAUACAAAAAAUUUGAGAAAUGAAAAUUUUAAUUUUUUUUCAAAAUCUAAAUAUCCAAACCCGAUCCGAAAUAACCGAACCCGAACUAAAACUACCCGAACCCGACCGAAGUACAGAAAUACCCGAACGGGUUUUAUACUUUUAUACCGAAAUAUCCAAAAAUCCGAAAUAUCCGAUCCGAACCCGAACGCCCACCCCUAACUUCAAGACAUAUAUCACACACUAGAAGAUAAUUUGUGCAACCAAUUAUAUUUUAUUAUGUAUUUUGUAAUUGGUUAACUUGAUUUUAAUUUAUAUUUGUGUUGCUACUUUCUAGAUAAAAGUAACAUUUUUUUAAUAUGUGUGAUUUCACCCAAAUCAUCUUAUAAUUUGGAAGAAAUGAUGUAAUAUUUAAUUUAUAUUAAAUAAUAAUUGUGUUAAGAUUUUUUAAAAUAACUAAGUAAUAUUAGUAAAUAUAAAAAAUAAAAUUUGUUAUUAAUAAUUAAUGAUAAUUUAUAGAUAGAAAUAUCUGAAAUAGUAUUUUUUUUUUUAAAUAUCUGAAAUAAGAGCCAUCAGGGCCAGCUCAGGUGCAGUGGUGAGCAGGACGACCGCCCAGGGCCCAAGAGAGAGAGGGGCCCAUAAUGUUUUGAGUAUUCAAAAAAAAAAAUUGUCAAUUGAAUAUUCGAAAUUUAAGAGACAGAGCAGCUAUAGUUGGAAAAAUAUAGGAAUGUUCGUAUAGACUAAUUUUUCUUUUCAAAUCAAAAACGUUUCACGUUCCCCAAAUCUCUUUUCCCCACUAAAUUCUUCGUUUCCCAUUAGAAUUCCAUUUCCCCACAUAUAAUUCUAAUUUUUUAUUUUAUGAGAUCAUGCUAUGUUCUAUAAAUAUUAUUUUAUUUUUUAAAAAUAAAACUUUUAGUAACUAGGUUUAUAUAUUUUAGACGGAUCAAAAUUUUAUUCCUAAUUAUAUGUCACUAAUUCUUUCUAGUACUUGACAAUUAGAUUGUAUCAUGCUGAUCAUUGAACAAAAUUUUGAAAACAAGUGCUAAUACAAUUUUAAAAUCUGAUGGUAUAAAAAUAAUUUAUGUGAGAGAAUUUUUUUUAAUACGACUAAUCACUUCUAAUCCUGUACGUGAGCAUGAAAAUAUUUUAAGCAUUUGGUUUCAUAUUUUGAUAACCUAUACAAUUUUGUUAGAAAUAAACAAUAUUUUAAGAGUUAAAGCUCUAGUGUUUGGCAGGGGAACCAGAAAAAAAAAAAGUUUCAAAAAAAAAAAAAGCUCUAGUGUUUCGGUGGGGAAGAGAGAGAGAGAGAGAGAGAGAGAGAGAGAGAGAGAUUUCUUCUAAAAGAAAGCAUGUUGUCAACUACUGGAAGAAAGGAGAAACUCCCCGCUUCUAAAGGCUCCGAGAUUGAAGUCUCUCUUGACUGGCACCAUCAUCGUCUUGGCGAAGUAUGGUAUCGUGCUACUCUCCAAGAAAACCUUGCUGCUGCUUCAUCUAAGCGCAAGAAGCUCUCCGUUCGACACUUGAACCCUCUGCUCAACGAAGACCACUCUCCUCCGGUAAUCACCACGGCUGUCCAUCGUCUGCUUCGUCCAGUUCCUCCGCCCCUGGAAGUUGGUUUUGGGGAAGGUGACAUGAUUGACGCUGCUCACAAAGAUGGCUGGUGGUCUGGUUGGGUGAUUAAAGUUAUGGGUAAUGGGCGUUUCUUGGUGUACCUCAGGUUCGAACCUGAUGUCAUCGAGGUUGAAAGAAAGGACUUGCGACCACAUUUGGUUUGGAAAGAUGAAGAGUGGUUUCGUUGUUGCGAAGAAAAACUACUGACUGAGAAAGAGUUUAGCACUGGAACGACUGUAGAAGUCAAAAAAAAGGUGGAACCAUUUGGUAUUAUUUGGGCUCCGGCUAUAACCAUAAAGGAGAAUGAAACUGGGACAUUGCUGGUCAAGUACAAGGGUUUUGGCCGUGAAGGUAGAAAGACAAACGUUUCUUACUCUAAGAUCCGGCCUUCACCACCGCCUUUUGGUUCAAGAGCUUUUGGGUUGAUGGAAAAUGUGGAUGCCCUCCUCGAGUCUGGAUGGUGCCCAAGUGUAGUAACCAUGGUUCUUUCUUGGAAUAGAUACGCUGUGCUUUUGGGUCGAAACAAGCCCUGUGAAGUCUUUAACCACUCGCAGUUAAGACCAUCCGUGGAGUGGAGUGAUGGAGCUUGGCAAACACAAGAAGAAAAGGCAAAUGAGGAGUCUAAUAACAUAGAGAGCGUGAACGAGAGGCAAAGAGGACAACAACCACAGGUAUCGGCUUCUCAGACACCUGAUCCAAUGCCUAAUGUUGUGGAAACUCCUAAAGCGAAAGAAACAAUAAUGGUUCUGCCAUUUGUAAAGAAGUCACCGUGUUGGCAAGUCCUUGAAUCAGUGGAGAUCCUCAAAGCUGUGCCACAGCAUCCACAUUUCAGCCCAUUGCUAAAGUGCAAGGAGGCGUUACGUGAAGGAGAAGCCAUUCGUGCAAUGAUCAACUUCGCUAAGCUGUUAGGGAUAGUCGGGGAUUUACAAGUGGACGCUUCAUUAAACGACAUAAACAGUAUCAACGAGUUCUUUCUCAUGCUGGAGAAAUACGGAUUUGAUGUUACGGCGCCUCGAGCUAAGAUAGAAAAGCUAUUGUCCAUUAAAGAAAGCCGGACAUGGGCAUUGGAAGAGUUGCAAGUUGCUGAGAGAGUGAUGGCUGAGAAAGACAAUAAAAGAAGGAAGUUGGAAGACCAGAUUGUUGAGCUGCAGAGACAAGAAGCAUUGCUCAAGGAAGAGAAAGUGAGAGAGGACAAGGAGAUAGCUCGGAUACAGUCUGAAGCAGUGGUUCUCGACCAAAAGGUUCAGAAUGCAGUGCAGGAGUUUCUGGUAACUGCGACUGCACCAUGGUAAUAUUUAAGCAAAUCCAUAUAUUUUAAGUGUGUAGUGUUAUUAACCACUUUUGAGUUCUUUGCAUGUUGGUGGAAGAUGAUAAGUUUGACUAGUCCUAAUUUGAUAACAUAUCCUCAUUUGCUCAAAUAUAAUAUUGAACACAAAAUUAUGGGUAGAAUAAAUGUCUGAAAAUUAUAUAAAACAUGAUGAUAUAUUAAAAACAAAUAAUGGUAAUAAUCUUGCGCACAGCGGUCUUGAGGGAUAGUUUUUUUUACAUGGUUAGGAUAUCUACCUUCGGUAUCCAUUGGCACAUUGUUUCCAACAUAGGGAGGAAGAGGAUCGGAAUGGAAGAGUAACCAUCAUCAAACUCAGUAUAAGGAAACUGUGUGUAGUUACAACCAUAACU